UUUAUUUAUUCAUAGUUUUCCGUUCAGACCGGUUUUGUGAAACGAUUCAACUGAUUUAUUGAACAGUUUCGACUCAACGAUUCGUUCAUUGCUAGCGCUAGCGGAAACCGCUGGGACUGAGCAAGAGCAUGUGAGCUGCUCUGGAGUUUAACGCCUUCAAGUAACAUAUUGUCCAUGAAAAAUAAGUACGAAGUUUGUUUGUCAGGAUGUCCUGCUCUGCUCUGGGUCGACGGCUGGUUGCAUGUCUCCUGAACAUCUCAGAAGCUCGGAGAAGAGACCUGGUGGAGACAGUGGCUAGAUCAGCCAUCACUGACACACACGGAAAAAAGCGUGAAGGCAUCACAGUGCUAAACAUCUUCAAUGAUGUUGACUACAACCGCUCUGUCAUCACUAUUGUUGCAAGCAUUGACCUAAUAAGGGAGGCUGUACUGUCGGCUUGUGAGCGCGCAUGCUCUCUGAUUGACAUGAAUGUCCAUGAGGGCAUCCACCCAUGCAUGGGUGCAGUGGAUCUGGUGCCUCUCUAUCCACUGGGGGAGGAGGUGGGCCUUGAGGAUUGUGGAAAAUUGGCCCAGGCAUUAGCCACGGCUCUAACGGAACGAGUCACAGGUACCAGUGUCUUUUUGUUUGGCUGGGCUGAUUCUCCUCAGCGUCGAGGUCUGGCUAAGAGGAGAAAGGAGAUUGGCUGGUUCAAAAAGGUCUUGGAUAUGUCAACCAUCCAGCCAGAUGUAGGACCACAGCCCACAAGGAAAUAUGGUGUUACAGGUGUUGGAGCCAGCCCCUAUGUCAUGAAUUGUAACGUGACCAUCGAUACCCAGGAUCUGGCCGUGGGACGAAUUGUGGCUUCAGCAAUCCGUGAAUCCAGUCCUAGCGGUAUCCCUGGAGUUCAGGUCAUGGCUCUACCACAUGCAGGUGCUGUGGAGAUCGCUUGUAAUGUAGAGAGUUUUCAAGGUGGUCCUCCGUCUUUAUCUUAUGGUGAGGAAAAAUGGCCAAGCUUUACCAUUGGAGGGCAAAACUUCUGCCAUGCUCCAGCCUCACUAAUCACAGCACGAGUAGCAGAACUGGCUAGACACCAUGGUGUGGCCAUCAAGGGUACGGCCCUGGUGGGCUUUACCCCACGUGAGUGCCAGAGACUGGCAGAGGGAGCACUCUCAAAUGGCAUUGGAGAGUUCUGGAAAGAGCUGCAGCGUGUGCACAUGUGAACAAGCCAAAAGCUUUCACUUCUGUGCUAAAUUGCAGACCAAUCAAUGGUUAAUUAGAGGGCAUUGAUUGAGCCAUCAACAACUUGCCUGUUUGUUUACAAAAACAGUGCUUAAAGGUAUAUUUCAGCCGAAAAUGACAAAUCUUUCAUUAUUUACUCGCCCUCAUGUCACUCCAACUCCUAUCUGUCUUAUUGUCCUUCUGU